AUGCGUUCAGUUGUUGAAAUAGGAGCAAGUGUCCCUGCUUUUCUGGGGAAGUUGUGGAAAUUGGUAACUGAUUCAGAAACGAAUCAUUUGAUUUCAUGGAGCCCUGGUGGUAAAACAUUUGUCAUCAAAAAUCAAGCAGAGUUUGCUAGAGAGCUAUUACCAUUAUACUACAAACAUAACAAUAUGGCAAGCUUCAUUCGACAGUUGAAUAUGUAUGGAUUUCAUAAGAUUACUUCAGUUGAGAAUGGAGGCCUUAGUAAUGAAAGUGGUGAAAAAAUUCUCCUUAAACCAGAGUUAAUGAACAAAGUUUUAGCUGAUGUUAAACAGAUGAAAGGAAAACAAGAAAGUCUUGAUGCAAAGUUCAGUGCAAUGAAGCAAGAAAAUGAAGCUCUUUGGAGAGAAGUGGCAAUUCUCAGACAAAAGCACAUAAAACAACAACAGAUUGUUAAUAAUCUUAUUCAAUUCUUAAUGUCUCUGGUGCAACCAACGAGGGCACCAAACUCAAAUGGAAAUAAUGUUGGAGUAAAGAGACCAUAUCAAUUAAUGAUCAACAGUGCAGCACAUGUUUCUACGAGUGAUGGCUAUUCAAGUAGGGCCAAAAGUAUGAAACUGGAUAAAGAUGUUGCCUUUGAAGAUAUCAAUGAAGAUAACUUGGAAGAUGGGCCCACAAUCCAUGAAUUAGCUCAUGAUGAUACAUUACACAAUGAAGCUUCACAAGAUUCUCUGGACCCUACUUCUUUUGUCACUGUUGAUAUUACUUCUACUCCCGAAAUCUUUAUUAGCAACAAUCAGGCUGAUCCUUCUUCUAUGCAGUACCAGGUUACAAUGGAAGAUGGUGAUGAUGGAGAGACUGAAGGAAAAACUACAUAUCCUGUCAAUUCCACCAAAAGUGUAAAAACCACAACAGCAGCUACAAAUUUUCUUCCAGAUUUCACUUCAGGCUCACCUACAAUGCCAUCUCCCACUUCUCCGCUAUCCCAAAAUAUUCUUGAGCAACCAGCAAAUAACAUCAUUAAUAUGACAACACCUAGCACAUCUAAACCUAGGGACAAAAAUAUUGCAAAUAAAAAUCUUAUAUCAAGUGGUAAACAGCUUCUCUCUCCCAGUAAUUUUAACGCCUUAAAUACAUCUGCUGACUUCAAAUUGCCUGCUGAAAUUUUUGCUAGUGAUGACUCAGUUAGUGAUGCUGGAAUUACUACCACUGAUGAUCUUUCCGUAUCUACUGAUCCAGUUGUUUCAAUCUCAAAAGAUGAAAUGCUUGGUGGAAUAAACAUUAAAAUUGAAAAACCUGUAUUGAACACUAAGCCAUCAAAGAAGACAAAGAAGUCCAAAGAUAAUAUAACGUCUAAUUUAAAUUUAGCCGAUAUUAAGACCGAAUUACAAGAUGAUUUCGAUUGGAACAAUAUGACUCUUGCUACUGUUAAUAAUAACACCAAUGUGAAUAGGUUACAGACUGUGUAUAGGAGAGAUAACAUCGCCAAAAAUCGAGAUGAAUUUUCUUCCUUUGGAUCCAAUUCAAACAAGAAUGACAUUGAUGAUCAUCUAGAUACAAUGCAAACAGAUUUGGAUUCAUUACGAGAACUCCUACGAAGUGAUGCCUACUCCCUUGAUACAAACACUUUAUUGGGGAAUGCUGAUGCAGGUGUAGAACCUGCGAUGUCUCUCGCCAUACCUUUCCAUCAGCACACCAUGAAUGACUAUCUAUUUGGCUCUGACGAUCCUUUCUAUGGACUGUCAUACAAUCCAAGUGAAGAGCGUGCAAAAACAAGCAAUAAUGAUACAACAAAACAGUAUCCGAUGAUUGAUUUUGAUUGGCUGGUUGGUAGCAGCGAUACCCCAUCUGCAAAG